AUGACGACAAGCUGGUGUAUGCGCUUUGAAGCCAAGCACAGAUAUUUUAAGACGCUAGCUGCUGGCCUUGGAAAUUUCAAAAACUUGCCUUUUACAUUGGCUCAAAGGCACCAAAACAAGCAAUGCUAUGCUAUGUAUGACAUGUGUAAGCCCACUGAAUGCGGGCAAGGUAAUACCUAUUUCUUGGUCAGUUUUACUCUGAAUAAUGCCAGAUUGUUUUACUCACAUGAUUUUAUUUGUCUAGGGGAGAGUCUUGUGGUUUAAUGUGUUACAUACAUGUAGUCAGUUAUUACCCCAUACCAAGUCACAAUGUGCCCUAUGUUAUUGUGUUACGCUUUCUAACACCAGAUAAAUUUACUCGUCAAUUUUCUUAUGUCUUGUUAUGUAUAUACUCUGUGACUAGGUAAGCUGUGCAAAGCAGGUACAACAGUUUACUAUGAACUGGUAAAAGAUAAGGUGCCAGAAGUAACUGUGGAUUCUGCUAUUAAUGAGUGAGUUUAAUUUAUAAUUUAAUUUUAAUCAGUGUACUUCUUUCUUAGUCCCCCCCCCCACCUGGGAGAAUGGGGAUUUGAUUUGACUAUGCAUUCUGAAUACACAGAAAAAUCCUCAUACCUCUGGACAACUUUCUGGUCAAGACUAAGCUACAGUAAAAACCCCAUACCUCGUCUGUCUCGGAUUAUAAAACCAAUUAAGAGCUGGCAGGGAAAUUAUUUUACAACAGUUUUAAUAAGCCUUUUUAAAUUAUUUUAUUGCAAAUUCCCCCACCCCACAGGGAACAUAACAAACAAAAUACUUCAUAUGCCCCGUGAAAGUCAUAUAAUCCCCUACAAAUGCCCCUGUCAUCCCCCUAUUUCAUUUUUUUCUUCAGAGUUCCCAAACCCAAUACUGUAGCAAAUCAGAUCAUUUGUGAGAAAUUCUCUGUAAAGCAUCAUGGUUCUAGUUGUUGUUUGCUAAACUUUAGUCAUUUUGUCCCUUUUUAGGCUAACAUGGGCUUCUGUAUUUGGAACAAAAUACAAGACGGGAGCUGUGGUCCAGACUGGUUUUUGUCACCUGCUGCCAGUUUUUUCAGUAAUACAUGGAAUCAUACUUGUUCCUGGAGAUUAUGUGUUAUUGUUUGUUGUUGAACUAUUGGACACAAUACGAUUAAGUGAGCAUUACCAUUCCUAUGAAGUCCAAAAACCUAUGGAAAAGUCUUUUGAAAUUUAUUCCCAAGAAGAAUUUGCAACAUUUCUUCCAAUGCAUAUUACUAGCCCUGUUGGUGCCACUGGUUUAUAUGUAAAUGUUAAAUAUGAUACUGACUUAUUGAAUAUGUAA